UCCAAGUCUACUUUGAGAAAUGGGAGACUUUGCAAACCAGAGUAGCAGCAGUGACUCCAGCAGAGCGCCCUGCUCUGCACUGACAGCAGCCACCCACCGGCUCUUCCCAGCGCUCUGCACGCUCGGCUUCCCUGGACUCACACUGAACAGCCUGGCCAUAUGGGCUUUCUUCCAUACUCCAAGUACAUCGACUUUCAUUGUCUACCUGAACAAUAACUUAGUAUCUGAUUUUACAAUGACUCUGAUGCUUCCCCUGAGAAUGCUAACAGACUCUGGCCUGGGACCAUGGCAACUGAAGGCCUUUGUUUGCUUUUCAGCCAUAAUAUUCUAUGACACCAUUUAUAUUAGCACAGUGCUCCUGAGUCUCAUUGCUUCUGAUGGGUUUCUCAAGAUCACGAGACCUUUCGGGAAGUUCUGGCUGCAGCAAGUGAGUUCAGCAAAGAUCCUCACGGGUCUGGUCUGGCUCUUGUUCCUGGUUCUCUCUGUGCCAAACUUGAUCCUAUUGAACCAGAAAGCAACACCACAGUCGGUGAAGAAGCAUGCUUCACUGAAGAGCUACCCUGGACUCAUUGUUGAUUACAUCUGCCAGUGUCUCAUUCUUAAGCUUCUAUUUUAUGUAAUUAUUGCCAAAAAGGUGUACAAGUCUUACUCGAAAACAUGGAAGAAAGCAAGCAAAAAGAAACAAAGGGUCAAGGGGAAAGUCUUCAUCAUUUUCACCAUGUUCUUCUGCUUUGCCCCCAUCCAUCCCUACACCCUGAGUCAAAUGACAACCCAGAUGCACUGCUGCCUGCAGAACCAGCUUUUUGUUGCUAAGGAGAGCACUCUUUGGCUGGCUGCCACAAACACCUGCAUGGAUCCUUUGAUAUCCAUGUUCUUGUGCAAACCAUUCCUAGCAAAAAUGCUACACGGGAAAGUAAACACACUUCAGAGAACAGUUCAUAUGAACCCAAGAACUGAACUGGACGCAGGAACCUUGGCCAUCGAAUCCUGAUUCUGUAGCUUUGCACUCUGAGUCUUUGCAUAUCCACAGAGAAAUUAAGAAAUUUGUUUUACUGGUGCUGUAGAAAACUGAAGGAUGGUGGUGCUGUAAUACUUAAUAAAAAGGGCAGGCUGGAUUUCCAUAGUUAUGCUCGCUCCUUACCCACGGCAGGUGGAAAGCCACCCCUCGAACUGCCUGCUGAUGACACAGGUCUCUCCCCAAGCUGCUCCCCUUCUCAUUGACACCCCGUCAGUAACCAAAGCUGGGGAAGCCCAGCAGUGUUUGAGAUGUGCUGCCUGGCAACAGAGCCGCUGCCCUCAAACCACAGCGAUGUGUAUCGCUUCAGAUCACUAAGGACUUCACACUGCAACCGCAUCGUUCUCAGCUGCUGCAUCAAUGAUGCUAACACUGAUCAGCUUGUAGCCCUGCACUGCUGCUGCGCAGGUAACAAGAGCAGAGGCUUUUCUGACUUG